AUGUUAGGAUUUAUUUACUAUCAUUAUUAUUAUCACGUGAAGUCGAAGAUUCUAUGUUUUCUUCUCUUUUUUAACUUAGUUUGGUUGCUUCUCUUCUUGUCCUCCCUUGUAAUAAUUCUACUUAGAAAAUGGAGUAACAAUAAAAAACAAAAGUUGCCUCCAGGUCCAUGGAGACUUCCCUUUAUAGGAAAUCUUCAUCACUUAAUCGGAGGAGGACUUCCACAUCGCGUUCUUAGAAAUUUAUCGCAAAGAUAUGGACAUAUUAUGUACUUGCAACUUGGGCAAGUUCCUGCUGUGGUUAUAUCAUCACCUAUAAUUGCACAAGAAAUUUUAAAAACUCAUGACCUCGCUUUUGCUAAUAGGCCACAAUUUGUAUCCACAAACAUUAUAUUUUACAAUAAUAAAGACGUUUCAUUUUCCCAAUAUGGUGACUAUUGGAGACAAAUGCGUAAAAUUUGUAUUGUAGAACUUCUUAGUGCAAAGAUGGUCAACUCCUUUAGUGGAAUUCGACAAGAUGAACUUUCAAGUUUCAUUUCAUCUAUUCAUUCCACAAGGGGCUCUACAAUAAAUAUGACAAAAAGUUUUUCAGUUUACGAAUUGUGUUAUGGCCAAGGCGCCCAAAGUGAAGUGAGGCAAGUUUUUAAGGGAAAGAAAAACUAUGGUGAAGACAUAGAAAAGUUGACAUACCUAAACUUAGUGAUUAAAGAAACACUAAGGCUACAUACUCCAGUUCCUUUUAUAGGACCUAGGGAAUGUAGGGAGAACACAAAUAUAGAUGGAUACACCAUUCCUUACAAGGCUAGAGUACUUGUCAAUGCAUGGGCACUUGCGAGAGAUUCAAAAAAUUGGGAAAAUUCUGAAUGUUUUAUACCAGAGAGAUUCGAGAACUCUUCAAUUGACUUUAUGGGAAAUCACUUUGAGUUUAUUCCAUUUGGUGCGGGAAGAAGGAUGUAUCCAGGAAUACAAUUUGGUUUAGCUAAUGUUGGACUUCCUUUGGCUCAGUUACUCCACCACUUUGAAUGGGAACUCCCAUAUGGAGUUAAUCCAAAAGAUUUGGAUAUGACUGAAACACAUGGAAUAACUGCAUCAAAAGCGAAAGAUUUGUAUAUAAACGCCACAAAUUAUAAGAACGAUGAAGAACUUUGAUGUUGUGCAUGAAAUAGUGAAAUUAAAACACCAUGAUGCAGGAGUUUAGCAAUUAAUGAUGAUUCAACAACGUGUCAUCCUUAUCUUUAAAUUGUUAUCCAUAUAUUUUGAAUUGUCACAGCAGGGUUCUAACCUUCCCAUAUUUUUAUUUCUGUAUUUUCCUUUAGAUUUUUUUACAUUUUGUCCUUUUAGUUGUCUUAAUUACUUUUCUGCCU